UUGAUGGAUGUUGAUGUACCAGUAGAGCAGUGUACGUCAGCGGAUGACUGUAUUUCGAACAGUGCUCAACAAAAUGUGCUGAAUGCAAAGAGUGAUGCGCAUGUGGAUCAGCUGGAAGCACUGAAAACUGGACGGGGUAUGGCCAAGUCGGGACGGUGGUGGAAAGUGGUCAGGACGAAGAGCAUGAAAGGCGGAGCGCUCUGA